AUGAGUUCUACAGCUCUGUCUACGGAUGCGGAGAGUGUGGCCUCCUCCAGGGGCAACUGGGCAAACAAAACCGAAUUCAUAUUAUCCUGUCUAGGAUACGCCGUAGGAAUAGGAAAUGUCUGGAGAUUUCCCUACCUUUGCUACAGAAAUGGAGGAGGAGCCUUCUUGGUACCUUAUUUUCUCAUGUUACCAUUAUGUGGACUUCCCCUGUUCUUCAUGGAACUUUGCAUAGGACAGUUUUCAGGAACUGGGUGCAUCACCAUGUUCAAAAUAUCGCCUUUGUUUAAAGGAAUGGGGUACUGCAUGGUUAUGGUCAAUUUGAUUUGUACCAUCUACUACAAUGUAAUCUUGGCCUAUCCUCUACUAUUUUUGUACUAUAGUAUGGCGAAGAAACUUCCUUGGGUUGAUUGUAACCAAAAAUGGAAUGAUGAAAGGUGUUCCAAGGUUUGUACAGAUUUCUUGCAAUCGCCAAUUGUUACUACACCAGCUGAACAAUUUUUUCACAAUGAGAUUCUGCACAUUUCAUCUGGAAUCCAUGAACAAGGAACAAUAGUCUGGCCUUUGUUGAUAACAAGUACAAUCAGUUGGGUUGUAGUAUACUUAUGCAUCAGGAAAGGUAUCAGCACUGUUGGCAAAGUUGUUUAUUUCACAGUACUUUUUCCAUACCUGGUGCUGUUCUCACUUUUUGUCCGUGGAGUUACUUUACCAGGAGCAUGGAACGGAAUCAACUAUUAUAUCAAUCCAAAAUGGGAACAACUACUAGAACUUAGGGUUUGGGCAGAUGCAGCAACCCAGAUAUUCUUUUCAUUAGGACCUGGC